AUGGAACAUCCAACGAUAUCCCGUCGGAACCGAAGCGUCGGGCCGCCCCAGGAUGGACAACGUUCCCAGCGACAACAAAACGCAAGAACUAAGUUCUCGGGUCGCGAACCGAUAAAAGGGAUAGGCAGACUAGUAGAUCAAAGUUGUAAGACCUUUCACCAACCAAAAACAAAAAAAAAAUCACAAAAGUGGUAAGAGGGAUAGGCAGACUAGCCUAGAUCGAAGUUGUAAGACCUUUCACCAACCAAAACUUCUUACAGAUCAUCAUCAAUUGCAACCACAUCCAAUCAUCAAAUCCAUAUCAACUACAUAUAUAUUUUAUUAUUACCUUCAUAUUGUAUUGUCACCCGUUCAUAUCUCAUUGUCACCCGUUUAUAUUAUUGCCACCUGCUUAUAUUUCAUUGCCACCCGAUUAUCCAUCCACCACAACCGACAUCCCGAUCUACGAAUCCCCGCAAGAACAACCAUCGAACCAACCAAGCCGAAUCAGUUCAAUGUACAACGCCAGUCCAAACUAAUUCAAAACAUUCAACGCCAACUUCGAACCCAUUCAAUGGUCAACGCAAACUUCAAGCUAAUUCAACAUGUUCAACAAAAACUUCGAGCCAAUUCAACAUGUUCAACGCCAGCUCCAAACCAAUCAAUCAAUUCAACACAUCACUCAAACACACAUCCGAAUCACAUUAA